CUUCGCUUCCUCGUAUGUAAUGCUGCGUCUUGCACUUCGAAGAGCUUCUUCAACGGCUCCGGCUCACACCCGAACCGUACUUAAUUCUUUUUCCCGGUCCGUUUCCGGUUCAGCCUCGAGCCCAAGCCUUUCAAUAUGGAGGCGGAAGAAGGAGAUUGGCAAAGAAGGCCUCAUCGUGGCUAAAGAGCUCAAGAGGCUCCAACCCGACCCGGUCCGGUUCGACCGCUACAUCCGGUCCAAUGUUUCUCGCUUGCUCAAAUCGGACCUUGUCGCCGUGCUCGCUGAGUUCCAGAGACAGGACCAGGUUUUUCUCUGCAUGAAGUUGUAUGAUAUAGUGCGCAAAGAAAUAUGGUACCGGCCAGACAUGUUCUUUUACAGGGAUAUGCUUAUGAUGCUUGCAAGAAACAGAAAGGUGGAAGAAGCGAAGAGGGUUUGGGAUGAUUUGAAGAGGGAGGCAGUUUUAUUUGAUCAGCAUACAUUUGGAGACAUUAUUAGAGCUUUUCUAGAUAGUGGAUUGCCCUCAGAGGCAAUGGACAUAUAUGAAGAAAUGAGACAAUCUCCUGAGCCCCCUCUGUCAUUGCCUUUUCGCGUUAUGUUAAAAGGGCUCAUUCCGUAUCCAGAAUUAAGAGAGAAAAUAAAAGAUGACUUCUUAGAGAUUUUCCCGGAUAUGAUAAUCUAUGACCCUCCUGAAGACUUGUUUGUAGAUCAUGAGCAGGACAAGGAUGAAGAUAAUAAAGGAUACAGAUAAUAAGAAUGCAUAGUGCCCUAGACUCCUACAGCAUUAUCUGCAUUAUGCUCUCACAAAUUGUAUUCAUAUAGAGAUAGUGAUGUUUGAAGCAUAUUUUGUACACUCAUGCACUGUAGCGACCUGAUGUCAUGCAAUGUUGAGACUUGGUAGCUGUUGUUGUAAGUAACCUCAAAUUGUUCUGCUGCUCUUUUUUAUCUCAGCUUUGAGGUUUUCCAGGCUUAAACUCUCUUUUAUUCUUUUUUAUCGUUGUACGACUGGGCCUCAACAGUGUGAAUGAAUGUUGAUGAUACAUGAUAACUUAGGUCAGAAAUGGAUGCAC